AUGAGCCUUCCGACCUUUCAAAGCACUCCCGUGCCCGCUCUUGCUGUAGACAUUAAGCAGAGUGUUUCAAUCCGAAAGGCUCUCUCGCUACCGAAUGCCACACUCCUCGGCGCUGAACAUGCUUCAUCGUCUAUCAGAGACGACACAACCCGCCAUGCUGUCAAGGCCUUGUCCAUCCUGAAGUGGACCGACUUCAAUCUUGAGGUCCUGGGAGACCUCUACGAGGACAUCCUGGGCCAAAUGGUUCUGUCCCCCAGCGCCGCCAAGAGUGGGCCGUUCUACAUCGACAACAUUGAAGAAGCCAAAAAGAUGUUCCUUGAACACCUGGGCCCACGGCUUGAGGACCCCAUCCAGCGAGGCGCGGCCCUCCUGGGCAGUCAGUUUGGUCACCAAUUCCCCGCGGUCGUUGUUAAGCCCGGACGAUCAUUCGACAAGCAAACACCUACCCUUUCCUACGUGGCCGGCAACGAGCCUGAUGCUCGUACCUUGGUAGUCAACAUUUGUUUGCAUGCCAACUCGUGGCACUCAAAGAUGAUUGGCGGCGACAAAUCCACGAUAGCUAGACGGCCCCUUGAUCGUCUUGCUAAAUACUGUCUCCUUGCCCGAACUCGUUAUGGGUUCCUUAUGACCACCAAGGAAAUCGUUGUCGUGCGCAUUCGAGGUACAGUGUUCGACACGCGCAUGUCUUGCCAUGUCGAAUGGCAAGCCAUUCCGUGGUCCGCACAUGGUCCGUACGAACUCACCGCGUGCCUUUCGAUCUGGUCUCUAGUAAUGCUGAGCCUUGGUGACCUGCGCUUGUCAGGCUCUCCUCCGCAUUACCUCCCUCCUCCCCACUACCUACCUGCACCCCGAUCUCUAGACGUUUGGACACGCUACCGGACCACUAAAGGGUACUUUUACCGACACCUUUCUUCUGGGCAAUGGUGCGCCGAGCUUCCGGAAGGAGCUGAGUUUGAGGACCCCCCCAAUGGGACCUCCUCUUGA